AACAAUCAUUGAUCUGUUUUGUUUCUGCUGAAUGUUGACCUGGUCUCUGAGUCAUGGGUCCAUAUCGGUAACCGGGCUAAUUGUCGUAGCCGUUGGCCUGAUCCACAUCUUCAGUCCGUCUGUCGGCAACUCCAGAAUCAGACGGGCAACUCCGCCUCUGUUCAAACACUUGGUGUGUGUUUGUGAGCGGCGGGCGUGGUUCGAAAGUUCAACAUGUACCUCGGAAGAUCAGCUGAAGCUGACUGAACACACGGACUGAAGACAUGAGAAGAAAAUCCUCGUCUGGGUACUGAGCACAGGUAUGAUCCAGCUCCAUUAACACACAUUAAACUUACGUGUUAUUUCCUGUGCUGUUUCUUUAAUCUACCAACUUUCAUGUUUCACUCCAUCCACUUUAAUGCUACUGUUCUUUCUUUCCAUAAUCUAAUACCUUUCUUUUCUGCUUUUAAUUUUAGCUUUUAUCACUUCUUUCUUCUGUCUUUCACUUUCUUCCCUCUCUUUCAUAUUUCCUUCCCCUCCUGCCUCGUCCUCCCUGAUUUCUUACUUUCCUCGUUGCCCCUCCUUUACUCCCUCCCUCCUUCCUUUUCUUUAUUCCUCUUUUUUGGGGGGUUCUUUCUUUCUCCUCCAAUAUUUCUUAAUAUUCUUUCCUCUGUGUUCCAGUCACUCGUUGGUUUUAUUAAAUACUCCUUUUUAUCUGUAUAAAAUGUUGGAUUGGUUUUUCGUCUCUGCUCUGAACUGUGUCAACAGCUUCUGGCUGUGAACUUUUAAUCAAACUUGUUUUUCGGCUGCAAACAUUUUAGACAAACUUUUGUUUCUGUUCAUCUGAAAACUGGCAAAUUGAAACUUGUAACAUUAUUUGAAAGUUUUUCAGGAUUCAAAAUUUACCAACUGGAUGUUAUGUGAACACUGUGGUGGGGAAUAAGGGGGUCCUGAAGUGCAAAACAUUAUUUCAAGAAACUGCAGCCUCUUAGGUGACUUGGAUGAGCAGCUCAACGAGCUGACGUCCAGUUACUGUCAACAUCGAGAUUCUUCCUGACAACCGUCAACAUCAAGUUUUUAAGUUGCUCUGGUAACUCCAAGGGCCCUAUCUUCCACCUGUGUUUCAAAAUAGUGCAAAGUGCUGAGAUGUAUCUGUAUGUGCAUAAUGUGUGUAAUUUUUCACUGAGGUGCUGUUUGUCAGUUCAGUCGUGGUUUCAGGUUCCAGGUCUGGGAGUGGACGGUUUGGAACGUUUGUUGUUAUCGGAGAGAAUCAGGCAUCAUUGUUUGCUGAUGGUGGAGCUGGAAUUCCACCAUGUCACUUCAGCAGUUUGUUUUAUUUCAGCAGUCAGAGAAAGGCUUCAACAAUCAACAUCUGCAACAAGAGUGCACUCCCAGCCGCCUGCCUCUGCGCUCCCAGUCGCCUCUGCACGGUUGCCUGCAGUUAAAUAGACUGUUUCAGUCUCACUGUUUACUCCACGCUGAGAGAGCCGCAGAUCCAGCAGAUUUCUUCACUCUCGUCACCAUGCCGCCCCCACAACCAUCACAGGCUCUGCCCACUGUGACAGUGCUGCACACGACCACUGUCCCCUCCACCACCGCAACCCCCGCUGCCGUCGGCUUCUUCAACAAUCUCCUGGACAAGAUUCCGUUGCCUCGAUGGGCAAUCUACACCAUCUUUGGGGGCGGAGCUCUGCUGAUCAUCCUCUGCUGUCUUUGUAUCUGCAUCAAGUGCUGCUGCAGGAACAGGAAGAAGAAGAAGAAGAAGCAGCAGGAACAGCUCAAACUGAAGGGUGCGAACGGAAAAACCUCAACAGCACUGGUUCAGCCUGAUGUCGGCGAUGUGGAUUACGGUGCCAUGAAGCUCCAGCGAGGAAAGCUGCUCUACUCUCUGGAGUACAACGCCACUCUGUCUGAACUCACGGUGGGGAUCAAGCGAGCUGAAGGUCUGAAGGCCAUGGACCUGGGAGGAAGUUCUGACCCCUACGUCAAAAUUUACCUCUGCCCUGAAAAAUCCAAAACCUGCGAGACCAAAGUCUUCAGGAACAUGCUCAACCCCAUCUUUAACGAGCAGUUCACCUUCCAGAUUUCCAAAGCUUCACUCCUCAAGUCGACAGCAGUGAUGCAAGUGAUCGACUUCAACCGAUUCUCCAAACACAACAUAAUCGGCGAGGUUAGGCUGCAGCUCUCCGACAUCGACUGGAAAAACGUCAUCGAGGAGUGGCGAGACCUCGCCAAGCCCGCCCAGUUUGAGGAAGAAAACCUGGGCGAGAUCUGCUUCUCUCUUCGUUACGUCCCCACUGCAGGCAAACUGACGGUGGUCAUUCUGGAGGCCAAAAACCUGAAGAGCAUGGACACCGGCGGAGCUUCAGAUCCAUAUGUGAAGGUACAGCUUGCUCUGGACAGGAGGAAGUGGAAGAAACAGAUGACAUCUGUUAAGAAGAAAACUCUCAACCCAUAUUACAACGAGUCCUUCACCUUCGAUGUGUCCUUUGAACAAAUCAAAAGGGUCAACCUGGUGAUCUCAGUGUGGGACCACGACGCCCUGAGCAGGAACGACUCCAUGGGCAAGAUCUACCUCGGCUGUGAUGCCACAGGGAACCAGCUGAGGCACUGGGCUGACAUGUUGUCCAACCCGCGGCGACCGGUCGCUCAGUGGCACACCCUGCUGACCAAUCAACAGGUCAAUGCCACCUUGACCCUAAAACGCAAGAUCCCCUUUAAACAUAAAAUCCCCUUCUGAUGGGGAAAAAAAAAACUGCCAAGAGACGGUUCUGGAACAUUUCAAAUCCACAAGGAGGAGAUGAUUGCACA